GAAUUUUAGGAAGGUAGAAAAAGCAACGUAGUAGCAAAUAUUUCAUCACAGGGAAAUCUUUUUUUUCAAUAAACCGGCCCCAUUUUUUUAUACAAAGUAGUUUGAAAUUUAAAAGAACGAUUAAAAAUAUGUCAUUGACACCCUUGUCGAGACAAAUUUUGACUCUUCGAAAGAUUCAACCAAGCAAUUUGACCUUAAAAGCAAUGUUCUCCGGAAAGGAUGGAGAGGCAGGAGCAAUCCGAGGUGCAGGAGGUGCUUUUGGCAAGCGUGAACAAGCACAAGAAGAACAAUAUUUCCGGAAACUGCAACAAGAGCAGUUAAAAAGCCUCAAGAGUCAUUUGGAUGAGGAAGUAGCACAUCACGAAAGUGAAAUUAAGCGACACCAACAAAGAAUCAAACAACUGAAGGAGAAAACCGACAAAUUGGACAAGUAGUCAGCCAAGUUUCGCCGAAUUGAUGCGUUUGUCAUUAACAUUCGAUAAAAUCUUCAAGUCAAAAACAACACGUAGUAAUUUACCGUUAAUUAAUUACUUAAUUAAAUUCCAACCAAUAUAUUGUAUUAUUCAAAUAUGAAUUGAGCUGCAACUUACACAUUGCAUUUCAUCGCAUGCAUUGUUUAAAAUUGAUUCACACAAUACCGAAUAAAUUAUAUAGUUAUCUCUAGAAUAAAAGAGUCAGAUGUACUAA